UUGGAAAGCUAAUUCCAACCGUCUGAAGGAAGCCCAGACCAUCACAUUCUCUGCCACUAUCUACUGAUCUACGGUUUUCACACACUUUAAACGGUUAGCAUACUCUCUGAAUCGAGGCCAUAUAAUUCACAAGUUAUCCAUGAAGCCACUGUUGGAUAAUGAUGAUGAAGAAGAAGAGUUGGGAGCUUAUCAAAAGAAACUCAGAGAGAAAGCCAACCGUAGCAUCCAGCAGCUCAGCAGUGCACUCGCAGAGCCAGGCUCAGAUGUAGAGGGCAUGGAACCAAGUCGUGCUGGAGACACGGACGGCACGGAUGGAGAGGACUCGUGGAACCAAAGGCAACAGAGUGAAGCUGUCAAUCAGCUGCGAUCACUCCUGCAGAAGCAACAGAAAGAAACACUUCCCUUCACUUGGCCUUCAAAGAGAAAAUCUUCACCAAAGACACAUUCAGCGGACGUGACAUCCAGCAUGCCGGCAGUUCAAGACCUAGUCCCAAUAAUCCACAACCAGACAGAGUACAUUCAGCAUCUGGAGGCAGAGGUCAAGUUUUGUAAGGAGGAGCUCCUGGGGAUGAAACAGAGGAUAAGGGUGGUGGUGGUGGAAAAUGAGAAACUACAUGGAGAGAUCAAGUCCAAAAUGGGGCACGAUACCCUAAAAGACUACACUCUCUUAAAUGACUCGGUAAAUGAGCCUAGAGCAGACACUGCUCACAUUCCUACCUCCAAACCAGCUCACAAAAUCUUUAAACAAGCAGAGGAACACAAGUGGAAGAAAGAACUGGAGCAGCUUAAAGCCCUGUAUCUAGCCCAGACUGAGACCCUGGAGGCUCAGGUAGCGUCACUGAAGAAGGACUUGGCUGGCAGUCAGAGGGAGUGCGAGGAGGUCAAAGAUCGUCUGAGACACAAGGAGGCGUUGGCGGCGGCGGGCAGCGCCAAGCAGUGUGUAGGAGGCCUCUGUCUGAAGUGUGCCCAGCAUGAGGCCGUGCUGGCCGAGACCCACUCCAACAUGCACGUCCAGGCCGUCGAGAGAGUCACCAAAGAGCGCGAUGAGCUGAUGAGUGCACUGUGCUCACUGAGGGCCAGUCAGAACGAAGCCCAGCAGAAGGAGUGGGCCUCCUACCAGCAGGUGAAGCAGGCCGUAGAGAUGGCCGAGGAGGCCAACCUCGAGAAGACCAGGGCGGUGGUUCAGUGUGAGGCCUUCUCCAGGGAGAUGGCCCGGCAGAGAGAAUGGCUGGAGAGGGAGAUAGAAGCGGAGCGGGAGAAAAUAGCCGAGGCCAGAGAGGCAGCACGCAACGAGGCCCGCAAGGAGAAGGAGGAACUGGCCCAAAUGGUGUCCAGCCUGUCCCAGCGGGUAGCAGACCAGGAAGGUCAACUGGACCGGGCCGACAGAGACCGGGCCUCCCUGACCACCCAGCUGGACGAAACCCUACGCAAACUGGCAUCUCAGGAGCAGGACAGCAGCAAGGUGUGCGGGGAUCUGCGCUAUCAGCUCAGCCAGGCUCAGCUGAGGAGACAGGAGGCAGAGAGGGAGCUCCGGGAAUCCAACUCCAGGAUUUCGCGGCAGCUCGUGGCGGCCGAACAGGAAGCGGAGAAGCUGGGGGUGGAGCUUAACGGCUGCCGACAGCGUUUGGAUCAGGCCCAGAGGGACGCGAGCCGACUCCAGGAGGAGGCUCUGACUCUGACCGAGCGGCUGGGCCAGGCCGAGCACCAACUGCACCUCACCAGGCAGGAGAAGGAGAAUGCAGAGCGUUGCCGGAGCGAGGACGUGGACGCUCUGACCUUCGCCGCGCAGCAGCACCAGCUAGAGCUGACCCAGAGGCUCCGGCAAACAGAGGAGCAGCAUGAGCUGAGCGUGGCUGAGCUGGAGGGCUUGCUCAGCUCCCAGAAUGCACUGAUAGGAAAGCUGACCGAGGAGUGUCGCAGUCUGGGGGCCAAACUGGAGAUGCUGACUGAGACCAGCAGGAGUGAGGUGGAGCAGCUGUCCCUGGAGAAGGAGCAUCUCGAAGAGCGUGUGGAGAAGCUGGGAGCGCGCUGUACAGAGAUGGAGGAGCAAUGUGUUCAGCAUGGCAGGAUGCAUCAACGCAUGAAGAACAGACUGCAGCAGUUGGACCGGCACAGUCAGUCCAGUGCCCAGCAGGUGAUGGAGCUGCUUGCCAGACAGAACCAGUUGAUGCAGGAGCGCCACCUACUCACUGAGGAGAUGCAGAACCUACGCAUACAGGUACAUUCACAACCAUGUAUGUCAUUAUUACAUACAGGUACAUUCACAACCAUGUAUGUCAUUAUUACAUACAGGUACAUUCACAACCAUGUAUGUCAUUAAUGCAUACAGGUACAUUCACAACCAUGUAUGUCAUUAAUACAUACAGGUACAUUCACAACCAUGUAUGUCAUUAUUACAUACAGGUACAUUCACAACCAUGUAUGUCAUUAUUACAUACAGGUACAUUCACAACCAUGUAUGUCAUUAAUACAUACAGGUACAUUCACAACCAUGUAUGUCAUUAUUACAUACAGGUACAUUCACAACCAUGUAUGUCAUUAUUACAUACAGGUACAUUCACAACCAUGUAUGUAAUUAUUGCAUACAGGUACAUUCACAACCAUGUAUGUCAUUAUUACAUACAGGUACAAUCACAACCAUGUAUGUCAUUAAUGCAUACAGGUACAUUCACAACCAUGUAUGUCAUUAUUGCAUACAGGUACAUUCACAACCACGUAUGUCAUUAAUACAUACAGGUACAUUCAAAACCAUGUAUGUCAUUAGUACAUACAGGUACAUUCACAACCAUGUAUGUCAUUAAUGCAUACAGGUACAUUCACAACCAUGUAUGUCAUUAAUGCAUACAGGUACAUUCACAACCAUGUAUGUCAUUGCAUACAGUACAGAGAUAAUGAUGGUCUUCUGUGUACCCUACAAUCUACCAUGUCACAACACAACCGAUUGCCUCAAACACAUGAAGGAAAGACAUUCCACAAAUUAACUUUUAAUAUGGCACACCUAUUAAUUUAAAUGCAUUCCAGGUGAAAUGAAGCUAGUUGAGUGAGAGAAUGCCAAGAGUGUGCAAAGCAGUCAUCAAUGCAAAGGGUGGAUACUUUGAAGAAUUUGAAAAAUAAAUGUAAUUUGAUUUGCUAAACACUUUUUUGGUUACUAUGUGAUUCCAUCAUUUUGAAGACUUCACUAUAAUUCUAAACAAAAGAAAUACCCUGGAAUGAAGAGGUGUCCUAAUUUUUGACUGGCACUGUCUACUGUGCAUCUCUAAAUAGACACUCAGUCACAUUUAGUCCCUUUGCUCACCCCUGCACCCCAGUCAGAGAGACCGCGUGGCAUUAAGCCUCAGAGAGACAGGGAAACAGAGUGAGAGACACAGAGAGAAGAAAAACAGCUGGUAGCAAGGGCCGCACAUCCCGCCAGACUAGGCGCUCCACAGAUGCUCUUCCAGAUUGCUGCUAAAGGCGUGUCACAGACAGAGAGGGAGAGACGCGGAGGCUGACAUUCUUAAGAGCUUACGGAGAAAGCGGAGAGCCCUGCCGAGUGCCUCUGCUCUCAGCUGCUCUAAUGCUGCCGUGCUGUUGUUUUUAUCGGGACAAAUGGCAGCGUUAGCACUUCUGGAUUUCCCUUGGAGCAUUACUCUAACAACCAACAAAUGUGCUGCUCAAAAGACCGGCACAUACUCCAGACUACAUGGCUAUUGGAAUUCAAAUGCAACUCAAGUCUGACUUAUUUGAGGAAUCCACAUUAAGCUGACUCUAGUAAUGUGUAGAUUAUAUGUCCUGGUUGAGUUUAGUAAUGUGUAUAUUAUAUUUCCAGAUUGAGUCUAGAUAUGUGUAGAUUAUAUUUCCAGGUUGAGUCUAGUAAUGUGUAGAUUAUAUUUCCAGGUUGAGUCUAGUAAUGUGUAGAUUAUAUUUCCAGGUUGAGUCUAGUAAUGUGUAGAUUAUAUUUCCAGGUUGAGUCUAGUAAUGUGUAGAUUAUAUUUCCAGGUGGGUUUCUCAUCUCUCUUCUCUAUUU